UACUAAAUACACAGAUCUUCUAGUCUUAUUUUCGAUGUGUUCGUCAUUUUCGAAAGUCUAAGACUAAGUAAGCUGAUCGAGAUUCUCGAAUGAGUAGAGUUGGACUAAUGAUAGGCCAAAUACAAAUUUUAAACAUAUGUGAAAUGUAAGUUAGUAGUAAUGCAUGAGCAUACUAAGCUAUGGAUGUGUUUUUGCCACGGGGGAGAUGACAAUGUAAAGUCACUAAUUAACCCCAUAAUCUAAACAAAUCAAAUCUUAACUUUAAGGGACCAAAGAAAACAAAAGAACUCUACCUGCUAAUGAAUGAAUCUCGUGUUUUAUUUUAUUAUUUUCUGUCGUCACAGAUUCGUGGGAAUAUAAUCUGGAAAUUGGUUUGCUUUACAAUCACACUAAAGACCUAAAAUAAUAAUAAUAAUAAUAAUAAUAAUAAUAUCUCACAAAAUAAUAAUAAGGGGAAAAAAGGUGUCACCUUUUCGGCCCUCACCCCAUUAUCUCCCAUUCCUGCACAUAAAGACAAGAGAGCAGUUCAAAAAUAUAAUCGAAAUGUGACAAAAUUAAUGAAUAUAUAUAAGAUGUGUGUAAAGGAUCCACAAUGUGCUCUUGAUCACAUAAUUAAUGCUAAAAAGUAUAAUUGAGUGCUAAUUAAUGAGGACACAAGAUUAAAGCUGGAAUCGAUUACUCACUUAUGUGAAUUACUUCAAGAGGAUGGAUGCAUUGGUAUUAAGAAGAGAGGUUUCAUUAAUCGUUAAUUUUAGAGGUUAUGUUCAUCUCGGUAAGUUGAGCAAUCAAAUGAUUUAGUAAUAAAAUAUUUUUAUUAAAGAGCAUCUCAAUCUUUAUUUACUGAUAAAAUGGAACUACUCAACUCUAAUUUGAUCAAGGAACAAUCAAUAACCAAGAGAGUGACAAGGUGUACAAAAGUGUGUUCUUCCAUAAGUAGAGAGUGGCCUAAUGUAGUAAGCAGUCGGUAACAAAGUCGACCUCUCGAUAAGCAUGUUCUAACCUGUCCUAGCGGCUAGCAGGAUUGGGCCAUAAGUCGUUUAAUCUCUGCAAUCAUCAAAUAGCAUGGAUUACUAGAUUUUUCGAAACCGUAAUCAAGCUUUCGAUUAUAAGUGAGCCAAACUACAGAAAAAGCUUUCAUAAUCUCUAACUCUCAAUCAAUUUCGAGAUCAUGCAAAAUACCAUACAACUCUAACUAUACAAACACUCUACAUGUAUUUGAGACCUUGAGCUCACUCACUACUACCACAUGUAUUAAUGAGAAAUAAUAACCUUUUUGGGGAAUGAGUAGUUAAUAAUAACUAACAAGUGUAUAAACUAAUAAUAAUGUAAGAAGAAUAAAUGAAGGGAAAAUAAGGGAGAGGAUGAUGACAAACUACAAGUCAUAAAAAAACACACAAAAAGGUAAAAAGGGAAUGGAGGAAGAAGGCAUGCAGGCAGAUUGCUCACUCUCUGCCCAACAAAGCAUAUUUUUUUACAGAAAUCUUUGCAGUGGGAAUCUAUCUCUUCCCAUCUCAUCAUCUUCAUUGAUGGUUAAUAUUCUCAGGACUAACCCAGCAAUUGCGGUGGAAGAGAUUCCGAGGGCAAUGAAUGUCAGAGCUGAUUGGGUUGCACGAUCAAAAGCUAAAUCUUCUCUACCAGAAGACUGGAUUAAUAUUCUUGAUCUAAUUUCUGUUCUCCUCUAAAAAAUGUAAUAACUAGUGCGUGGAAGUUGUUUACGGUGGAAUAAAAGAAUAAAAGUCGAUAUGAUUUGUAAAAAAAAAAAGAAUAAGUAAAAUAAUUCCCUCCACACCAAAUUUCCAGAAAUUAUGUCUUUACUCUUUCACCUUUCUCUUCACCCUUCCUCUCUGUCUGUCUCCUUUCAUUGUUGUUUGUUGAAUUAUAACCACAGUAAAAAAAGGAGCUAUGUGGGUAACUUUUUUGAAUACUUUGAUACCAAUGGUAGAUAGACCCAAAAGGACUGAUUAUCUAGUGUGUUUAACAUUCUUUGGUUCAUGUUUUAUUUUUUAUUUUGUUUUCUUUCAUUAGGAAUUGCAACCGAACAAAGUGGUGGUGCUUCGAUACUUCGAGCAAUGACAAUAAUAGUUUUACGACAGACUUACAGUUGAGCAUGUUUAGGUGAAGUACAAUUCAAUAUGGCUUAUUACAUAUGUAUUUGUGUAGUGUACAAGAGAUGUAAUGGUUCAGUUUUGAUAUAAAAAUACUAGAGCAUAACGACUUUUGUAUAUUAGAGAGGGGGGAGCAAAAUGUUUCAAUAGCCAAGUCAAAUUAUGUGAGAGAUGAAUGAAUGCUAUGAACUUAUUAUGAUAAAGUGAACAUGAUGUUAGUGAAAAUUGUAAUAUGUGACAAUGAUGAUUGUAUAUAUAGCUUUUCUUGAUUUUGUUGGGUGGCUUCACUAUGUGUGCCUUUGGGAGGAUUUUGGGUAGAGGUUUCUAACUGUUUCUCCUAUAUCAUUACUUGGAAGAAGAAGGAAGAAAUAAUAUAUCGAACCAUCAAACAAAAGAUGUUCAAGACACUCAUACUAACUACUUGAAAUUACAACGUGACUAUCAUAAUAUCAUCGGAUUAAAUCUCUGUUGAUGGUUUUACAUAUUUGAAUCAAAUCGGAUUACCUAAUUGAUGACAUGGCAAAAAAAAAAAUUUCAUUUUGCCCACCUAGCAAGCAUAAAAUAAGAAAGGUGGUGGGUGUGCUAUUAAUCCAAACUUGGACAAAGACAAACACAAAAAUAUAACAGAAAUGAAAAGGAAAAAUAAAAAGAAGAAGAGGAAAAAAAGGUAAUUAUGAGAUGGUUCUUGUGAAGCAAAGGAGGGUCCUUUUCCCGUUGAAUUCUUCACUUCUUUGAUCUUUCCUACCUAUAAUUUUCUUUUUUAAAAAAUACCUAUUAAAAAAACAGAGUAAAUAUUGUAAAACUGAGGUAGAUAAAUAAUUAUAAUAAUAGAUAAGUAAAUAUAUAUAAAGAAAAAAGAUAGAUAGAUCCCCUGUAAGCAGCCAAACUCAAAAAGGCCAUUUCCUCCAUUUCUCUGCUCCAAAAUUUCCUCUCUCUCACUCGAUUCAUUCUGGCCAAAGGCCACUCCUUUCUGUCUCUCUGAGCUCGCCGGAACAAGAAAUCGAAGAAAACAGUACAACCCAUUUUAUUAAAUCAUUGCUCGCCGCCGCCGACGAACAGGGGAAUCACAAAAAAGGCGUCAAAUUCCCGGGGUAAAAUUGGUCAGCUAUGAGAGCUGGGCUCAGCACGAUCCAGCAAACCCUGACGCCGGAGGCGGCCACCGUCUUGAACCACUCGAUUGCUGAGGCCGGCCGGCGGAACCACGGACAGACGACGCCGCUCCAUGUCGCCGCCACUCUCCUUUCUUCCCCGUCGGGCUACCUCCGGCAAGCUUGCAUCAAGUCCCACCCCAAUUCCUCCCACCCGCUCCAGUGCCGAGCUCUGGAGCUCUGCUUCAGCGUCGCCCUCGAGCGGCUGCCGACGGCGGCGGGAGCCAAUUCGGGUCCCGGGUCGCAGCCCGACCCGCCGAUUUCCAACGCGCUAAUGGCGGCGCUGAAGCGCGCCCAGGCGCAUCAGCGAAGAGGGUGUCCCGAGCAGCAGCAGCAGCCGCUGCUCGCCGUGAAGGUCGAGCUGGAGCAGCUGAUUAUCUCGAUUCUCGACGACCCGAGCGUGAGUCGGGUCAUGAGGGAAGCCAGCUUCUCGAGCCCGGCUGUGAAAGCCACAAUUGAACAGUCCCUCAAUUCCCCUCCGCCUCCACAACCACCUACCAGCCAAUUCGGGCAGGGAUUCCGCGUCCCUGUUCCCACGGUGACGGGGAAUCGGAAUUUGUACGCGAAUCCCAGGCUGCAGGGGACGGCGGCGGGAGCAGGGCAGUCGGGUCGGAACGAGGAGGCGGGUCGGGUCGUGGACAUCCUGCUCCGAAGCAGAAAGCGGAAUCCGGUUUUGGUCGGGGAAUCGGAGCCCGAAUUGGUGGUAAAAGAAGUUCUUAAGCGAAUACUCGAAGGUAAAGAUAUUGGAGACGAGGGUUUGUUGAGGAAUCUUCAAGUGAUUCACUUGGAGAAGGAGUUCCUCGAGAAAUCCCUGAUUAGCUCGAGGAUUGGUGAGCUGGCCGGGUUGGUGGCGAAUCGGAUCACAAGUUCGGGUUCCGGCGGGGCGAUUGUCGACUUGGGUGACUUGAAAUGGCUGGUCGAACAGCAAAUUGGGUCGGAUUCCGGCAAGACCGCCGUCGCCGAGAUGGGGAAGCUGGUGGCGAAGUUUAGACAGAGUGGGGAAAAGAUUUGGUUGAUUGGCACAGCUACUUGUGAGACUUACUUGAGAUGCCAGGUUUACCAUCCAUCAAUGGAGAACGAUUGGGAUCUUCAAGCUGUACCAAUUGCUAACAGAGCUCCACCCCAUGGAAUGUUCCCCAGGAUUGGGAAUACUGGAUUCUUUGGCAACUCGUUGGAGUCAUUGUCAUCAUCAUCACCAUUGAAGGGGUUUCCCACGGUGUCUAUUGCUCCACCGAAACGUCUGUCUGAUAAUAUACUUGAUACUGUGAAAAAGCCUGCGAAUUUCUGCCCACAGUGCAAGCAUAGCUACGAGCAGGAGCUGGCGAAAGUUGCACCGAAGGAGCUCGUUGAGAGACCUUCAACUGAAGAAGCUAAGUUGGAAGCAACUCAGCAGCAGCAGUCUUUGCCACCAUGGUUGAAGAACGCGGCAAAUAAUAAAGAUGCUUCAGCGACCAAGGAUCAAGAGGUGCUGCAGAAAAAAUGGCUGGAUACGUGCUUAAGCAUUCACCCUGGCUUCCAUCAGCAUCAUCAACAGAGGAAUCUUCAGCCUGGUGGUGCUGCUGCUGCUGCUGUCCCAAUGCCGAGCUUGCUUAAUCGAACCCUCGUGCCUUGUAUUCCUAAGAUCGGCUUGGUUGGAGGAAAUACUACCUUGCAAUUAAAUACCAACCUCUUGCCUAAACAAAACUCCACAAGACAACUACUUAGUCCACCUACAAGUCCUGUUAGAACAGAACUUGUUCUUGGGCGUCCUAAGGUGCCUGCUGAAACCAUUACCAAGGACCUUUUGAGCACUGCUGUUGCUGCUGCUACUGCUGCUCCCGAGACAGAACCAAAGAACUUGCAUGAUUUUCAGAUUAGUAAGCUGCUCAACAAAUUGGAUGCUGAUUCAUUCAAGAAACUUCUCAAGGGACUCAUGGAGAAAGUAUGGUGGCAGCAAGAUGCAGCAUCAGCUGUGGCCACAGUGAUGACACAGUGCAAAUUAGGGAAUGGAAAACGAAGGGGCAAUGCUUCAAAAGGAGACAUCUGGCUAUUGUUCACAGGGCCAGACCGAAUCGGGAAGAAGAAGAUGGCAGUUGCUCUCUCGGACGUCCUUCGUCAAUCCAACCCAGUGACAGUUCGUUUGGGCUCACGUCGUGAUAAUGAUGAGGUAAAUGUUCGUGGUAAGACCGUGAUGGAUCGAAUAGUAGAGGCAGUAAGAAGGAACCCGUUUUCAGUUGUGGUGCUUGAGGAUAUAGAUGAGGCAGAUAUGUUGGUAAGGGGGAGUGUCAAACGGGCGAUGGAAAGGGGUCGACUUGCUGACUCCCAUGGCAGGGAAAUCAGCUUGGGGAAUGUGAUCUUCAUACUCACUGCCAGCUGGCUGCCAGAGAAUCUCAAGUUCUUGUCCAAUGGGUUUACAUUGGAUGAAAAGAAGCUUGCAAAUCUUGUAAAUGGAGGCUGGCAGCUGAGGCUCUCAGUCUGUGGGAAGACAGCUAAACGUCGGUGUGUGAGAAAAGAUCUGUCGUUCGACUUGAAUGAAGCUGCAGACAUCAACUGUGACUUGAGUGAUGUGACAGUUGACCAUGAGGAUGAUCAUUACUUGGGCAGCAAGGUACUAACAUCACCAACUGCAUCAGAACUACCCUCAGAGCUACUCGAUUCGUUUGAUGGUUGUAUAGUGUUCAAGCCGGUGGAUUUCAGUGGGAUCAGGAGGGAUGUCUCGAAUUCGAUCACUGAUCGAGCUUCGUCAAUCAUUGGCGAAGGGAAUAGCUUGGAGAUUCAAGUGGACGCACUCGAGAAAAUCUCUGGUGGGUUGUGUUUAGGUUUUGAUGGUUUGGAGGAAUGGACAGAGAAAGCCCUGGUCCCGAGCUUGCGCCAACUGAGGAUGAGGUUUGGAGCAGAUCAAUCAAUGGUUGUUCGGCUUGAACCGGAUAUGGAUUCAGACAGCCGGGGGCCUGGAGAUUGGCUGCCGGGUAGUGUGAGAGUCAUGGUCGACGGGCGAUGAAUGAUAAAGGUACAAUCUUUAUGAUUCUGUGGCAUAGAGAAUGUAAAUAGGAUCAGAAAAUCUUUUGGCCAAGGGGUUGGAACACAAUUUCUAGAGCUGGGAAUAGGGCCUUUGCUUUUGAUCUUUCAUUCCAUCACACUAUUGUUCCCCUACCACCAUAUUGCCCUUGUAAUUUUUCUCCCAAAGAAAUUUUGAUAUCUGUUUAUAGGAAAAGUUGUUCAAGUAAAUUGUAUUUGCUCCAUAGAUGUUGCUAUUGAUUAUUACUACAACUACUACUACACUAGACAGAGAAAACUGCCCUGCUGAAAGAUUUAGAGGCAUUUUAGCUUCUCUGUUUCUUCAGUUGUUGUAAUGUACAUCAUCAUCAUACAAAUAUUCAUUACCACAAUUUCUUUGCCCCUAGCUCUCUUUGUUGAGAUCCUUGACCUCUCUAUCUUGUAUUGAGUGAUAGAAUGUUAUAAUCCCGUCGUAUGUUAGCAUUAGCUACCAAAUCUUAACGUCCGUUAACCUAAACAAGUGAUUUACAUGAGGGGUGCGGUGGGAUGAUGGGUGUAUGUAAAUAGAAAGUUAACGAGUUAGCUUUUAUUUGAAAAAAUUUCGAUGGGAGUGUUAAACAUGUGAUAUAUCUCAAAAUCAUGACGUUCAUUCUAACGAUUACCAACGCACAUGCUAAAUAACUCCAAAUAUAUCAAUAGUAUCACUACUUUAAGUUAAGACACACAAAUAUAUAUGCAUACAUCAAAUCGAAGUUACCCCACUCCAAGUGUCAUGUGAUAUUCCAAUACCCACAUACCCAAACAGAAUCAAUAAGUCGGAGAUCAACCAAGUGGCUAUUUGCUAUUAGGUACACAAACUUUGAGGAGUUAAGCAAAAAAGUCAGCGCCGAGUACAGAGGUAAAGGGUCCAAGACGGCAAGACCAAUUGGCACCAAAGUGUGUUUUAUCUUCUAUGUGAACAAUACUGACAAUAAGCCAUGACGGCUAUGUGCAAUUACAUGUGGAUAAUAUGUAGAGUAGAUUGUCCUACAUGCCUCUUUGAUUACUUCACUUCACUAUGUGCAUAGUAUAUAAUUUGAUUUGCCCUUUUUGAAUCGAUUUUAUUUCUGAUUCUUUCUUUAUUUCCAAUUUAUCACAUGAAUUCAUGUCAAAGUGUAUUUGUUCAUCUCCUUCAACCCCCAUUGAAAAGUUAGUAAACACAAGAAUCUAUCUUGGAAUUGAGGUCCUCGCACUAUCGUCUAUAUGUUUUACAACAUCACCUCAUAAAACUACUGAUUGUCCCAAACUCGAACUUAUCUAACUGAUCGGUUGAUCACCCUAAUCAAACAGACAGCUGGUGAGAAGUUAAAAACAACGAAAACUCUCGUAUACUUUUUUUCCGCUUAAAAGCUACUAGCUCUACACAUAGUAAGUUAAUACGUAAUAUAUAUAACUUCGAAACCAUAACGUCUAUCCUAUCAACAAUCACACGCUGCUCCGAUAAAUGAUUGAAAAGAUGUAAUAGUACAUCAUCAAGUAUUCAAAAGAGAUCCAAUACAUCAUAGAUAUCAAACAUGGAGAGAAGCCUUGGGAACUUGCCAAACUUGGGUUCAUGGAAUGGAGACAAUAACUUGGGAACCAUGAGUAAGCACUCCAUCAUCUUGCUGAGGGGAGAACCCACAAGUGGCUAAUUGCUAUUAGGGACACAAACUUUGAGGAGUUGUAAGGAAGAAAAGUUGAACCUGCCGAGUCCUGAGAUAAAGGAGAGAAUGAAAUCAAUUACGACCAAUGUGUGUUCAUGUGAAGUUAGCAUGUAAUUGUCACCGUCGGAAGAAGAUCGAUCCAACGGCGGCCCUUCCAAAAGGGCAGCCGCCGGCCGGCGAUCUAAUCAAUAAAUGGUGACAAAAGAU